CAAGCAUCAAUGGUACCAAAAAUACCUUGUUGCAACAGCAAAAGACUAAGUUUCUGGCUACAGAAAUCGUUUUCAGCGUUUAUUUCGAAUAAACCGCAGCAUAUCGAUGAUGUUUUGCGCUCUCUCCUCUAGGUCGUUUUCCAUAUUUAAAAUACUUUUCCUAUUUUGCACGUACCAGUUUUCAUAUGUUCAUGCAUCUAUUCGAGUUGUCGACCUUGGAAAAGAAUAUCAAUCUCGAAACGACAAAUACAUUGGAUUACAGAUGAAAGAAGGGCUCGAAUAUGAAGCCAGAUUACAGCGAGUCAAUGGAGCUGAUCAUUUUUGUGGGAAGGGCAGUUGGAAUGUGACGGUGCCAAGUGAUGGUCUACCAGGUACGUUUAUUUUCUGGGCAUGUUCUACCAUAAAACAGAAAGAAUGUCGCUUCAGUUCUCAACACAACAUUGAUACAUUUUUCCUUCUUUGCAAUCCUGGAUCUUAUUGGAUUGAACGAAAUGUAAUCCAAUCAUUUUCGUCCUCUUUUCAGUUGCGGUGGUAGUUAAGAAAGGAAUGUGUUCGUUCGCUCAGAAGGCAGAGUUUGCGUCUCGGAACAUCCAUCCAAAGGGAGUUGUCAAAAUCCUCAUAAUUGAUGGAGAAAUUCGAAUCAAUGAUGCAGAUGAUGAAGGGUACGCAUUCGGCUCAGAGAUCGAGGACGAUAAAGGUGGGGAGGAUGAUCUCGGAGAGAACAACCAUUUGUCAAGUUUCGAGUUUCCUUCAUACUACAACACAGAUGACGAGAAAAAAACGACUCUGAGAAGGGAGCACGAAGACGACAUCUCGGUAGCACUGUUACACGUUUCAUAUCGGACUGGAUACGAACUUAUCGAAACAAUACUUGAUGAGGAUAUCGAUGUGAGGAAUGCAGGAGGAACACGUGUUACAGUUGAUGCAGUCUCUCCUCCUUUGACCGGAGCUGUGAUUAUUGUAUGGACGGCUGUUUCAAUUGUAAUUUGUUUAAUUCUCUGCUGCUGUAUGGCAGCAGCGCUUGAGGACCUUCUGGAGAACCAAGAACCUGAACCUGCACCACUUCGUCGACCAAGGCGGCAACGAUUAACUACCGACCAAGUAAGAGAACUUCACGUUGGGAUUUUCGACGGAAACAAACUGGUUUAUGAUGAAGAAAAUCCGACUGCAAAUGGAGUGGGAGAAUAUUGCUGCGAUCAUAUUUUGCAGCACUCAAAUGACAAGAACUUUCCUCAGCCCACAAUAAAUUCUAUGGAUACAUGCACAAUUUGCCUCGACGACUAUCAGAUAGGAGAUAAAUUAUGUUGUUUGCCGUGUGGACAUGUGUUUCAUGCUGAGUGUAUUUCGAAAUGGUUGGUUGAGAGGUCUGCGACUUGUCCAUUGUGCAACCUUGAUUUGUACGAAGAAGAAGUUGAUGACAAUAGCGAGGGCGAGGAAGACGAGUACACGAAUAACGAACGACAGGCACGCAAUGGCUCAGCACCGACGACACAGGUAGAACCAGAUAUGAAUGAGGACGCAUCUACCAUAGAUCAUUCAAUAGGAUCAUGGUUGAGAGCCAUCUUUCGCAGUCCAUACUGGCGAAACCGAACUACUGGUGGUAGCUCUGGUUUAGAGGCGUUGGCAGAACCUUUAUUGCAACAAGAUCAACCCGAGCAUCCAACAUCUGCAGGCAUUGAUGUUGAAGCAACGCCGUCGAAUGAGGAAUCGAGUACAGGUCCAACGGAAAUCGAUUGAGAAAUGAAUAAUGGAUCUAUUUUGUCCUAGAAAGCCAGGAACGCCGACGCUGUAAGGGAAUAUGGGAGCUGUAUUCGCAGGGUGUCCACUAUAUCAGUAUUUGUCUGAAUUAGCCUUUGUACAUCAUCACCUUGUACAGUAUGUAAUUUUGUAUCACAAGAAAAAUAUUGUAAAGAAAAUCAAGAAUUGUAAGAUUCUAGCCUUUUUUAAUCUCUAAAUACAAACAAUUUCACUCA